GAUCACUGACCCAAGCUAACUAGUAACUUAUUGGUUAGCUCAGCUGUAAAUGUCAGCGUGCGCUUGUCAGCAUCAGUGAGGUGAUGAGUUUAGCUCUCCCUUCAGUGAAGCUCGAAUUUAUUGUGUAAAUGGCUUCAGAAUACAACCCAUGAGGUUUUAGUCUCUUUAUCAGGCACUGAACCGGCACAGCUUGUUCUGGCAGUUUUCAACAAGUGUUUCUCCGAUCGAUUCGACACGCGGACGUCAAACUUUGGCCUGCUUGUCCUUAUCAAAGUGUUAGCUGAGCCCUGUGGUAUCCGGGUUGUCCAGGAUGGCGUGCCCGACACACUUCCUCUGCAAGGCGCUGCGCACUGUGGGUCUGGUGCUUUUCUACUAUGCGUUUUCUAUUGGCAUAACCUUCUACAACAAAUGGCUCAUGAAGGACUUCCACUUUCCUCUUUUUAUGACCCUGGUCCAUCUCACUAUAAUAUUCUGUUUAUCCACACUGACACGCUCUGCUAUGCAGUGCUGGACAGGAAAGCCUCGAGUUACUCUUCCCUGGAAGGUCUACCUUUCUAAAGUAGCCCCUACAGCCCUGGCGACAACGUUGGAUAUUGGACUGUCCAACUGGAGUUUCCUUUUCAUCACUAUUAGUUUGUACACCAUGACCAAGUCUUCAGCUGUUCUUUUCAUUCUGUUUUUCUCCUUGCUAUUCAAACUGGAGGAGCCGAAUCCAUUCCUGAUCCUGGUGGUUGUCCUGAUUUCCAGUGGUCUCUUCAUGUUCACUCUCAAGUCCACUCAGUUUAAUCUGGAGGGUUUCAUCAUGGUCCUGUUAGCCUCUUUUAUCGGAGGAAUCCGCUGGACUCUCACUCAGUUGCUCAUGCAGAAAGCAGAGCUUGGUCUUCAGAACCCCAUAGACACCAUGUACCAUCUGCAGCCCCUCAUGUUCCUUGGCCUAUUUCCCUUGUUUCUUCUUAAUGAGGGACUGAGUGUGAGCACCACAGAGAAGCUGUUCAGGGUCAGUGAGCUCUCUCACCUGCUGUACUCUUUAGUCACUCUGUCUGUGGGUGGCAUGCUGGCGUUCGGGCUCGGCUUCUCUGAGUUCCUGCUGGUGUCACGCACGUCCAGUCUUACACUGUCCAUUGCAGGCAUUUUUAAGGAGGUGUGCACUCUGCUGCUGGCAGUGGAGUUCUUGGGGGAUAAAAUGAGCACAGUCAACUGGCUUGGUUUUGCUGUGUGCCUGUCUGGGAUAUCACUUCAUAUUGGCCUAAAAACAUACCGUAACAAAGUAGGAAAUGGCCCCAUGGUAAGAAACCUACAAGUCAGGGAGAACCCACACCUUGAGCUUCCACUUCUGCAGGCAAAAGAUGACUACUGUGAAGACACAAAUGACGAAGAGGAGCAUGAGAUUCUCUAUUAGUCUGAGGAAGAAAUGAGUGUCCUGAAUGGGCUCAUGGAAUAGUCUUCUUUAAAGACUCAUAUCAGUGCUCCCAUUGAACACAGGUACUGAACAAGCUCCAGAAUAUAUGAGAAUGAACUCAAAAAGAUAUUGAAGAGCUAAUGUUUUUUAUAGUUCGUCUCUGUGUUAAUGAGAGAACAGAGAAAUGCUCUUGGGAAAAGAGAACUCUAAAAGAAAGUGAGUUCAUCCUAACAUCGUCAUCCAUAUCCAGGAGUUCAUCCAUAUAAUGAAAAUGGAUGGGGAAACGACCUGCUAAGGUAUUAAAAAAGGACCAUAUAUGUAGACCGACUGACUUGUGCACAAUAUUAAAGGUAUUUUGAUGCCAUAUGAUAGACAAGGAAUUCUGUCAUAAAGCUUUUAGGACAAAGAGAGAAUUGACAUGUAUGUAAAAAAAAAUGCCUUCAACCAUGCUUAUGGCGUCGGUUGCAUCACAGGACGAGUCUUAAGUGGCCUUACGAUUCAAGCUUUUGCUAAUAAAAUUUCAGGUCAGUUAUCAGUCGCUCACAAUAAUUUGUUUUCUAAUUAUGACGUAGAGAUAAUGAGUAAAUUACUUUGUUUUUAAUAAAAAGAAGAAACUCUCCUGUGGAUUCUUUUAAUUUUGCAAGUCAAUUUUAUGAAUUACAACUACAAGUAUUUCAUAUGUAUUUAAUUUUCAGAAUUCAGCCAAUGUUAUCAACUCUUUAUUAAAAGAGGGAAGCAUCUACUUCAGCAAAGCAGAGUAGAUUAUGCAGCCUCCAGUAAUUAGAUUUGUUUGGAGUAUUGGUGCAGGUGGAGGGAAGCCUGUAUAAUUCUUGCUUUGAUUGAGUUCAUUGAGUUGGUUUAGUGGAUUAAUCUAAAGUCAGAGGGCUUCAGUUUCCAAGAUCAAGAGUGAGCACAUGGCUCUGAAUUCACUUAAACGGAAAAUGCCCUUCAGUUUGUACACUUUCUUCAUCGAGAUCAUAGUGUAUAGUGAACUUUUAUGACACUUUUGCUGCUGAUUUUUAGUCAUUUUUGGCUGAAAAUUAUGAUUUUAUUAAACAGAUUUUAAAAGAA